AUGGAUGAUGAUGAUGAUUACACACUACCCUCGCACAAAUGCUUUGCAUGCUACCACAUGUUCGAUAGACACGAGCAACUAGUUGAGCACAUGAAGAACUCUUACCAUUCACGUCAUGGACCAACUUAUGGGAUUUGCUUGAAGUACUGUAAAUCGUUUGAAUUCGUCCGGGAACACCUUAAAGGUCUUGAUCCGAGAUCCCACUGCUUUGGACAAGCACAAAAUCAAUUGUUGCCCAAGCCUUCGUCUUGUAAAUUGAGCUCCAUGCUUUUCCGAUGGCCUCAAUCAUUGGUCGGGAAGAGGAUGCUACAUGAGUCUCUAGCUGAUGGGAAGAUACAACCGCAUUCUCGAACGUGUUUUGCUUCUGCAACAGAGCGCACGCAUAAGUGGAGCGAGCCAGAGCAAGGCAACUUCGAUUACCGGGACGCGGACGAGAUGCUCAGAUUAUGCGAGAAGAAUGACAAAGAAACCCGAGGCCAUUGCAUAUCAUCGGAGGUCGAGUCAGCUAUUCAACCGUGGGUCCAACAGCUGAGUGAUUCUGAGCUAGAAGCAGCAGCUGAGAACCAAUUUUCUUACUCGAGAGAGCAUUCAAAUUUGGUGAAUGCAGACGGAGAGAUUAACGAAGCUGGGAAGAGGUAUCUUGAGAUCAAACGUGAGUGGUUAACAUUGGUGGAUGGAGUGAUGGAAGGUUGGAGUUUAGAUGUUACCAUGGGAGCUACACAGUGGAAGUUGUUACUUCGGAGGACACAAGAUGAUAACAUUACCGUUGCUCAGGCUAUGAAAUCUAGAAAGAAGUGUAGUGAUGAUGUAGAGAAAGCCGAAGGAGAAAGUAGUAAACUUCAUGUUGCUUCUAAUGGAGUAACUUAG